UAUAUAUACUAAUCUCAAACUGAAUUUUUUGUGAAAGAUACACAAAAAAUGUCACAAUUGUAUCUUGUGUUUACACUAUAUCAAUUCUAAUUUUCCCCAUUUUUUUUUGCAAUAUCAGAUUCUAUAUAUCUGUUACAAGUGUAGUCAACUUCUCUUCUACUAUAUAAAAAGACCACUAACUGUGAACAGAUAAUGUUUUUCUCGGUCUCUAUUCAUCAAUCAAAGGAAAUUAGCAAAGAAAUGGCUGAUUCUAGGGAAGAGCAUGUUGGAGAAUCAAUAAGGCCAAGGCGGUUUCAAAGACACAGCGUGGAACAAAUUCAGCGGCUUAAAGGAUUCUUCAAGGAAUGUCAAUAUCCAGAUGAGGACCAGCGAAUCCAACUGGGUAGGGAAGUAGGGCUUGACCCUAAGCAGAUAAAGUAUUGGUUUCAAAAUAGAAGGGCUCGAACAAAGGUUCGGUUCUUAGCACGAGCGGUGCACGAGACUUUAUAGCCCGUUGAGGAGUGAUGUUUCAAGGAUUCGGGGUGAGCUGCUGGCUUAUCCAUGCCACCGGAUUCUUGUUCAUUUACUUAUUUAUGUCUUUCCUCAUUAAACAAUAUUAGUUGAAUGUUAUUUCAGACUUAUGAUUUUAUCUUUGUAGUUCUUGUACUGUGACACUCGAUUUUGGGAUGGUUAUAGCUCUUUUUUCUACGUAUUUAUGAUUAUGAGAUAUUAUUAAGACUAGAAAAAUGGUUUUCUC